AUGGCAGAUAAGGAGAUGAUGGAAAGGCUGCGGCAGAAGCGUACGGCAGCCCAGGCCGCGUUCACCAAAAAGGCAAACAAUCUUACCUCCAGGGUCAAUCCUCUAGAAGAAGGGGAUGUUAAGGCUGAGUGGAUGAACUUCAAAGAGGAUCAUAACAGAGUCACAGAUUUAGGAUUUGAGUACUCCACAGCCCUACGUGAACUAGAAGACGAAGAGGCCAGUGUAAAGGCGAAUCAGAUUGACGAGCGAACGCACGAAUGUGAUAAAAAGUUUGACGGUGUUAAACUCCUCGUCCUAAACAACUUAUGGACUAGAUUUGCAAAGGAUAAAAUUUCCGAUCUUGUAGAGGAGGCUAACUUAGCCCUGGAUCAGGCCGAAGCAAAGGACUAUCAACUGCUAUCUAGGAUGGAGCGGGAGCUGAUCAACAAAGACCUGGAACGAGAAGUCUUUGAAGUCAACAGUUUAGUGACUGAGUGGUACAGCACUGCGGCAAAGCAGUCCUCGUUGGCCCCGCCUCCUUGCCCCUCCCACUCCGUGACGCCGCUGCUCACGGGCGGCAAGCUGCACGGCGGCGGCAGCUUCCGUAACGGCCGUAACCAUGGUGACCACGGGCGGGCAGCAACACCGGACGACGGCGAGGACACGACAGACGAUGCGGUGUCGCGGCGGAGCAACACUGAGCCCGAACUGUCAAUCAUCAGCUACAGCCCCGCCCACUACCGCCACGAGCUGACCGUAAGCCCCGCCCACCGCCACCUGACCAGCGCCGUGUGA